GAUAGAUGAGCAGAUAUAUGACGUUUUGACACACAGAACACGCACUGGACUUUUAAUCUUGUUUGCAGGAUUUCAGCAUUUUUUUUUUCUUUUCUUCUCAUAUUCUUUAAAUUUCUUUAUUUUUAACAUUCCCAUGUUUCGUGUGUGAUGGCUAAUAUAUCAUCUGUUGAUAUGGGAGUUGUGUUUGUUAUCGUGGUGACAGCAUCUUUGGCAAACGCAGGUUUCUCAUCAAGCAUAGAUGUGAGCCAGAGGAAUGAGGUGGAAGCUGUUAAUCUGAGCACGCUGCUGCAUGGCGGUGUGAACCAGCUUGCCGGGAAAGCAGAACCCUGCUCUGCCUGUGACCCGCCGGGGGCCAGGAGGCGUUCAAAGAGAUGCACGUGUUACACUUACAAGGACAAGGAGUGUGUGUAUUACUGCCACCUGGACAUCAUCUGGAUCAACACUCCAGAGCACACUGUACCGUAUGGUAUGUCCACUUACCAGGGUUCCCUGCGCAGGAGGCGCUCGGCUGGGACUGAGCAGGGGAGGAGGGGGGCGGCGGCCCAGCGCUGUGUGUGUGCACAGCACGCUGACUCCGACUGCAGUGGCUUCUGCAUGGACAGCAAGCAGAGGAGGCCACCACCCAGAGCAGCUCGUAAAACAGACAAGAGGACAGCUUCUCUGCGCAGUGGGCCUGUUAUGAAAUGAACAUUUAAGUGACAUGCUAAUGACCUGGAAGGUGGACAUACUGUAUGUUAUUUUGUGCCUUGCGAUCAGAGUGCUGGAUGAAUAACGUGUAGAGCUGCUGAAAGCGAGGGACACCAGCACUCUCUGCCUGUGUCUGUCCGGCAGGUGUGGAUAGUUUUUCAGUAUCCUAUCACGACUGAGGAUGGUUUACAUGGCCUGCUUGUUGCGACAAUGACAGACUUUGGUAGAGCACACACAUGCCCAUGCAGCGUGAUGUGGAGGCCACUUCAAGAGCUUCUGCCAUCCAACUCUACCGUCUCAUCCCAUUCUGGUAAAUACACAAGAACGGUAUCACUCCACAUGGACAUCAUUCAACACAGCCAGUAACUCAGCAGUAUUUUCUUUAAAAAUCACAAUUUUGUCACAGUCACUGAUUGUUUUAUUAGGUUGUUCCCUUAUGAAUGCAGUUAGUUUCAGCAGUAAUUGUUAUUAUUGCUAUUAUUAUUUUACUUUUCUGUGAGAUUUUUGGAGGUAAAGGAACUUUUGUUAAGCUGUAUCCAAGUCUUGUGAAUAUGAAAUGUGUUUCAAUAUAUAUAGGCUAUAAAUCAUAUUUCCGUACAAGACCUAUAUGUACAUUAAAGGUGUAAAGUAAGAUGUUGUAUAUAUAAUUAUACAUGUGGUCAGGCUAAUCAACAGUCCUCUGUGGUAAAUAACCAAUUUAAGUAACAAUUGCAGUGGGCCAUACAGUAAAUUAAUUAUAUCCUGUGUUUAGUCUUGUUAUGGUUGAGCCCUGAGGCAAUUCCCCAAUCAACUGACCAUCUGCACAGGAAAGAUGUUAAGAACUAGUAGAUAAGUCGAGCAUCUCAGCCUACUGAAUCAGUUUCAGUCUGACAAAAGGAAGACAUUGAUUCCUUACUUAAUGUUUGAAAUAUUCUGAUGCACA